AUGGCAGAAACUAAUAUCACCUACGUCACUGAGUUCAUCCUCAAGGGAAUUACAGACAGGCCAGAGCUCCAAGCACCAUGUUUUAUGCUGUUUUUGAUGAUCUAUUUGGUCACAGUACUGGGCAAUAUUGGGUUGAUUGUUGUAAUCAGGAUUGAUGCUCGACUCCACACCCCUAUGUACUUCUUCCUCAGUCAUCUGGCCUUUGUUGACCUCUGUUACUCCUCCACUAUCACCCCGAAGAUGAUGAUGAACUUUGUGGUGGAGUGCAACACAAUCACUUUCUAUGCAUGUGCAACACAGCUGUGCUGUUUCCUCACCUUUAUGAUCACCGAGUGUUUCCUUCUGGCCUCCAUGGCCUAUGAUCGUUAUGUUGCCAUCUGCAGCCCCCUGCAUUAUUCAACACUGAUGUCAAGGAGAAUCUGUAUUCAAUUAGUGGCAGUUCCUUAUGUAUACAGCUUUCUAGUUGCCCUUUUCCAUACCAUCAUCACCUUUCGCUUGACUUACUGCGGCCCCUGUGUAAUUAACCAUUUCUACUGUGAUGACCUUCCCCUCUUAGCUUUGUCUUGCUCAGACACUCACAUAAAGGAAAUUCUCAUCUUUGCUUUUGCUGGCUUUGAUAUGAUCUGCUCCUCUUCCAUUGUCCUCACCUCCUACCUGUUUAUCAUUGUUGCAAUCCUGAGGAUCCGCUCUACUCAAGGGCGACACAAGGCCAUAUCCACCUGUGGCUCCCAUAUGGUAGCUGUUACUAUUUUUUAUGGCACUCUGAUCUUUAUGUAUCUGCAGCCUAAAUCAAACCACUCCCUGGACACAGACAAAAUGGCCUCUGUUUUUUACACAGUGGUGAUCCCCAUGUUGAACCCCCUCAUCUACAGUCUAAGAAACAAAGAGGUGAAAGAAUCUUCAAAGAAAACUUUGGAUAAAGGUUUUGAAACCUUAAAAAUACUAAAAUCAAGAAAAUAA